AUGGAAUCUCCCUAUGCAAUCGAGAACGCAAUCAGCCAUGAAGUCGAUAUUAUUUCCAUGUCAUGGACCAUUCGCAGAAGUGUUGCUGAGCUCCGAAGCCAGAGCAGUGGGAUAGGUAUUGCCACCUCACCAAAGAAAUCAAUCGAUGAUUCAGGUGUCACGCGGCUGGAAAAAGCGAUUGCACGCGCUGCGGAGAACAAAAAUAUCCUAAUGGUGUGUUCGGCGGCCGACGACAUCGAACUUCUUGCCAAAGACACCUUGCGUUACAGCGCGGCCCGGGUACAGAUAUUCCGCAUCGGCGCGUGUAAUUCGCAAGCGCAGAGAGAACCCUCUGAGGACAACCAAACCAUUUCGUAUUUCCUUCCCGGGAUCCACGUCCCCGAGGCGCGCCGGCCACAUUCGAGCACGCCGCCCGUCUACCAUGACGGGUCGUCCAUCGCCACCGCGCUCGCGGCCGGUCUGAUGUCAAUGAUUCUUCACUGUGUCCGCUAUAUGGCCCAGUGCCAGGAGACUCGUCCUUUCACGCCUGAUAAUGGGCUCAAGAAUAGUAAUUAUUACACGCGAUUGGCAGAAAAGCUUAAGGAUCACGCCAGCAUGAGAGUGGCCCUGACUAAUAUUGUCCGAUCGCAAGGGUCGCAGCAACCUGAUGACCCUAAGCAAUUGCCAGUGUACCGGCUUUUCAGAGAGAAGGCCGAGAAAAUGCAGAAUGCGAACGGAUUAAAUAAAAUCGUGAUUCUGGAGGAUCUGGUCACAGAUUUGUGCAGUGGUAUCAGUAAGGACUAG